GCUAAUCUUCACAGACCUGUAGGAGCUGGAGUGGAAGCCCAAGAGCAGCUUCUUUCUGAGCCCCUGGCAUCCCUAGAAGCUUCAACUCUGGAGGCAAUGGGUCGAAAGGAAGAAGAUGACUGCAGUUCCUGGAAGAAACAGACGACCAACAUUCGGAAAACCUUCAUCUUCAUGGAAGUGCUGGGAUCAGGUGCUUUUUCAGAAGUUUUCCUGGUUAAGCAAAGACUGACUGGCAAGCUCUUUGCUCUGAAGUGCAUCAAGAAGUCGCCUGCCUUCCGGGACAGCAGCCUGGAGAAUGAGAUUGCUGUGUUGAAAAAGAUCAAGCAUGAGAACAUCGUGACCUUGGAGGACAUCUACGAGAGUACCACACACUACUACCUGGUCAUGCAACUUGUUUCUGGAGGGGAGCUCUUUGACCGGAUCCUGGAGCGGGGUGUUUACACAGAGAAGGAUGCCAGCCUGGUGAUCCAGCAGGUCUUGUCAGCAGUGAAAUACCUCCAUGAGAACGGCAUUGUGCACAGAGACUUAAAGCCUGAAAACCUGCUGUACCUCACCCCCGAGGAGAAUUCUAAGAUUAUGAUCACAGACUUUGGUCUGUCCAAGAUGGAACAAAGUGGCGUCAUGUCCACUGCCUGUGGGACCCCAGGCUAUGUGGCUCCGGAAGUGUUGGCUCAGAAGCCCUACAGCAAAGCUGUGGAUUGCUGGUCCAUUGGCGUCAUCACCUACAUACUGCUGUGUGGGUAUCCCCCAUUCUACGAAGAAACAGAGUCUAAGCUUUUUGAGAAAAUCAAGGAGGGCUAUUAUGAAUUUGAAUCUCCAUUCUGGGAUGACAUUUCUGAGUCAGCCAAAGAUUUCAUUUGCCACUUGCUGGAGAAGGAUCCAAGUGAGCGGUACACUUGUGAAAAAGCCUUGAGGCAUCCCUGGAUUGAUGGAAACACUGCCCUCCACUGGGAUAUCUAUCCAUCAGUCAGCCUCCAGAUACAGAAGAACUUUGCCAAGAGCAAGUGGAAGCAAGCCUUCAAUGCCGCGGCUGUGGUGCACCACAUGAGGAAGCUACACAUGAACCUGCACAGCCCAGGGACCUGCCCAGAGGUAGAGAACAGGCCACCUGUCACUCCAGUCUUGGAAGCCUCCAGGUCCAGCUCCCCUGAGAUCACCAUUACUGAGGCACCUGCCCUGGAUCAGAGUGUGGCACUCCCGCCCCUGCCUCGGCUGCCCUGCCAGCAUGCUCCCUGUCCCACUGUCACUGGGGGCAGGUCAUUCAACUGUCUGAUCAACGGCUCCUUGCGCAUCAGCAGCAGCCUCGUGCCCAUGCAGCAAGGACCUCUGGCUGUGGGACCCUGUGGCUGCUGCUCCAGCUGUCUGGGCAUCGGGAGCAAAGGGAGGUCCUCCUACUGCUCUGAGCCCACGCUCCUCAGAAAGGCCAACAAAAAACAACAUUUCAAAUCAGAGGUCAUGGUGCCAGUGAGAACCAGCGGCAGCUCCCACUGUCGGGCAGGGCAGACUGGGGUCUGUCUCAUUAUGUGAUCCCUGGAGACCCAGCCGUGUCACUGCAAUUUUCAGG